CCGCUGCUCGCUCAGUCUUGUGAGAGACGCCUCCGCGGCAGCGCUCAUCUGUCCCUGUUCACUUUUGCUCCUGGUGUCCGAGGCGCUCUCGGCCCCUUUGCGGGACUAUUGCGUCCAUUGAUGUCUUAGCUCGAAGCUGUGCUUGGGCCUUAUCCCCGUAGGCGAGAGUUCGGCUAGACCCGUGCUAAACGGUGGACCGCGCACUGUUCCUUGUUUUAUUGCUGUUGUCGUUCCGUUUUUGGCAUUACUGGAGUACUGGCAUCGACUUGGCAGAGCGUGAUCUAGCGUAAAAUUUUUCUCCGUAGCGGCUUUUGAAAAUCGACAUCCGAGGAGACCGCCUCCUGUAGCAACGGCUUCGCCGUUCUCUGGUGUGAUUGUGAUUUCAUAUUUUCUACGACGUCACAUCGCAAUGCUCGCUUCAUUGUUCUUCGUCGUAGUGGCGCUCAGCGCCGUUGCCCACGGUCGGAGCGUGCCCUCCGAGAACGACAUCUUCUCCGACGCGCCGGUGGUGUGCUUUAGGACAGGUUGUACCCGCGGCACACGGCAGACUGUGAACGACCAGAGUGUGAACGAGUUCUAUGGCAUUCCUUACGCCAUGGCGCCGGUGGGCGACUUGCGCUUCAAGAAGCCCGUGCCCCACUACGACUGGGGCUCUGGCAUCUACAACGCCACGAUCAAGCCACCCUCGUGCCCGCAGACGUACUUCUACGCCGACGAGCGCUGGAACAACUACGACCUGAGCCUCAACGAGGACUGCCUCUUCCUCAACGUGUGGGCACCGGAGACGUGCCGCGAGGACGCCAAGUGCUCGCGCCUCCCCGUCGUCGUGUUCAUUCACGGCGGUGCCUUCACGCAUGGCGGCUCCGAGCGGGCUACGGCCGACAUGUCGCACCUGGCAGCCGUCGCAGACGUGGUCGCCGUGUCCUUCAACUACCGCCUGAACGGCUUGGGCUUCAUGUACGGCCGCAGCAAGGACUUGCCCGCGAACCUGGGCCUCUUCGACCAGCGGCUCGCCAUGAACUGGGUGCGGGACAACUGUCGAGUUCUUCGGCGGGGACCCGGACAGCAUCACCCUGAUGGGCCACGAUGCCGGGGCACAGAGCGUCGGCUACCACAUGCUGUCGCCCAAGAGCCGCAGCCUGUUCAAGCGAGCUGUACUGUUGGGUGGCAACCCUUACACGAGUAA